CGACCUGCUCCUCUUCCACCUCUCGUCCUGGGGAACUGCGCCGGCGUCUAGUAAUUGAUCUUCUGGUUUGUCACAGGCUGACCACACCGUCGCCAUGAAUACAAUCCGUCAGAUCCAGGCGCUCAACAAACGCGAGCUGGAAAAUGCCAUCCCUCCAGAAGCUUCAUGGCACGCUGAUUACCGAGAUACGGCCUACAUCUACAUCGGCGGCCUUCCCUUCGACCUGUCCGAGGGUGACAUCGUAACCAUCUUUUCGCAAUACGGCGAGCCCGUGCACGUGAACCUUGCGCGCGACAAAGAAACCGGCAAGAGUCGUGGAUUCGCCUGGCUGAAAUACGAAGAUCAGCGGAGCACAGACUUAGCUGUGGACAACAUGGGUGGUGCGACGGUCAUGGGUCGGAUGCUGCGUGUCGACCAUACCAGAUACAAGCGGCGGGACGACGAGGAGGAAGGAGACAACGUCGCGAGACUAAUGGGUGAUGAGGAGAAGAAGAAUGACCGCGGGGGCGACUCAGAUGAUGAGCGACGGAGGCGCCGCAAGAGAAGAGGCAGUGAAGAUGAUGAGCCGCGACAACGACCUUUGCUUAAGGAGGAGAAAGAACUGGAGGAGCUGAUCCGAACCCACGACGAAGAGGACCCCAUGAAGGAGUUCUUGAUCGAAGAAAAGAAGGAGGAGGUUGCACGCGCGCUAGAGAGGGAAAAUGCUGGGAAAUCGUCGCGAAAACGAGACUCCAGCCGCGACCGAUCUCGUCGCCAUCACCGCCAUCACCGACACCAUCGCCGCCGACAUGACGACGAUCGCUCGCGUUCGAGAGAAAAGAGUCGGCGUGACUACCGGUCGCCGUCGAGAGAAGAGCGGUCGCAUAGGACACGAUCGCCGUCACGAAGAGAGAGGGCCUACAGAGACAGGACGCCAGUGGGAUCUCGGUCACCGGAACCACGGAGGACUCGAGACAGACAUGAUCGACGUCGAUAAGGGUUAUGAAAAUGGUCAAUUAUUAAUUAUUGCUAAGUUUAUAUAACCUUGGCAUCUAUCGAUCGUUAAAGAACAAAACUUUAGUCCCUCAAGAAAGGACAAUCCGCGACGGUCACCAACAGCCGAGAAGCAUCAGCCGUCAAGUUGAAUGCUUCUGGGACUUGACCUCUGCGUCUGGUCGAAGACGAGCACAGCAUUUCUGCCAGACCCCACGCCGCGACGUCACCAAUCAACCUCGCUGGGCACAAGCAAGUGACCCGGGACAAGAACCAUCAUCGCUAAUCAAGAUGGAAAGAGCAACUAGAUAGCACUCUAGAAAUCAUAAUUCAUCGUCAGGAACCAUCGGCGAGUUAUCUCUUCAGCC